CGUACGCAAGCAACUCAGUACGAAUGUAGCCACGGUUUGUGCCAGUAGCGCACGACAAAGAAGUUGUGUGUGCUGCGUCUCGGAGUGAUCUCCGAUUGCCGAUACCGAUUGCCCAUCGCAUCCAUCCGUUGUUGUCGCACGUGAAAGUGAAUGUUAGCGCUUGCGGGAAAACGACGCACUCCGGUAUUGCUGGUUAAGGAUUUUAAGCAUCAGUUCCACCAGUCCCAGUUCAGUCGUAGGGGUGGCAAUAACACUACCGAUAGAGUGGCGCUCAACAUUAGAACGAAACGGUGCUGCUGCUGCUGAUUAGUGUGUUUCCUUUUUUUUGUUUAUAAAUAUUUUGAGUGUGUACAGUGCAGUGCGCACUUUUUCUCAGCUGGAAAAUCCGGUUCCUUUUGGCUACCCUGUUUUUCCCUCCACACGUACAGAAGUGAAACAGUACGAUCAGAAAUUUCCCCAAACAAAAACCCUCAUUUCAAUGUCGUUUAGUGGCUUAGUGUGGUGUGCUCGACAAUAGAGGGAAAAAAGAGUUCCAAGGAGGGGUGGGAAAAAGAGAAAAACCUGCGAAAAACCAGAAACCCGAAAUUAUCUCGUGUGUGAAAACGAAGUGGAAAAAACCCUCUCGAAACCAGAAAAGACGGUGCGAAACACUUAGCGUCUGGUUACCUUACCGUGCCAGUUAGUGUGUUUAGAAGCAGACUCUAGUGGUUCGCGAGUGUGUCAUCGCGUCAGGAAGUGUAUUGCUUACCGACGGAGCGACCGAGCAUCCGAGCAACGAUCGUCAGCGGCAGAACACGUAGGAGCAGUAAUUUGAUCUUUUGGCGGUUUGUCGGUAACCGGCGGACCGAGAAACAACAUAAUAGUGUGCCUCACAUCCGUCCAGAUAAAUACCAAGCCAAAUCAGAUCAAUGCUCCAUCGGAUAGAUCGAGAAAUAAUCACUCAAAGCAACGAAAUCCAAAACUUGUUGGGUGUUUAGUUAGUUGUGGCUACCGACUUGAGCGAAGAAUAAGUUUAGUUUAUAUUUUUUUAUAAACACAAAAGCAACAAACAUCAACAUGUUCAACCGACUACGAAUGCGGAAGGAGAAACCGUCGAAAUCGGAAACGAUUUCUACGACCAACACGACCGUCAUACAGGAUGCUGCAAAGGAUAAUAAAAAGCUUAUCCUGGACAAUAGCCGCUGGGAGAGACGCCUCCAGAAGGAACUGAUGUCUUUAAUUAAGGAACCCCCGCCAGGUGUGUCAGUCGAUGAGGAAAGUGUGAGUCAAAACCUAACCCAGUGGAUAAUAAACAUAGAUGGUGUGGAAGGAACGUUGUAUGAGGGUGAACAUUUUCAAUUGUUAUUUAAAUUCAACAACAAAUAUCCUUUCGAUUCGCCAGAGGUUACUUUUAUAGGCUCUAAUAUUCCCAUUCACCCGCACGUCUACUCGAAUGGUCAUAUAUGUCUUUCGAUCCUAACGGACGAUUGGUCGCCAGCGUUGUCAGUACAAUCAGUGUGUCUUAGUAUAUCGUCGAUGUUAAGCAGCUGUCGGGAGAAAAGACGACCACCAGACAAUGGUAUUUAUGUGAAGACAUGCAACAAAAACCCUAAGAAAACAAAAUGGUGGUACCACGAUGAUUCCGUGUAGGAAGUCGCCCUAAAGUGGCAUAAAUGACGCACGACUGGAGGAUGACAGGGAGUAUCGAUGUAGCCGAUUCCGAUACUGAGUUUGGUUGUAUUUUUCUGCACACUCCCACUUAAAACAUGUUAACACGUUUCGGAUAACCUAACCAGUCGAAUAUUCUGUAUCUUUACAAAUGUUUAUAAUUUGAAUUGAGAGCACUGUAAGUAAAUUUACCUUCAUUAUAUCGCUCGCUCAAUAGAGCGCAAGGGAGAUGUAGCGUGCAAAUAGUUUGAAUCAUUUUCUCCUCCGGUUUGUAAAAAAACACUAUCUAUUUCGGGAAGCUUACCAACAGCUAACUAAGAAAAAAGCUUAUCAAGGAAAAAAUCCAUCCUGUCGAACCAACGCUUUACCGGCUAGUACAGCUGGUAAAUAUGUGGCUGGUAGUUAUGUUUAUUCUCUGACUUUACUACUGAUGUGCAACAGUUUCAGUAAAUAGUAAGCACCAAUGCAAAGCUAUGUCCUUUCUGCGAUCGAAGCUUUCGUUUGCUCCCACCUAUAUAAGCUAAAGUAGUAGAAAGUGUGAAAUAGAGAAUUCAAUCGGUCCUAACAGUCCGACCGACGAAAAAGUGAUAUGAAAUGAAAGAUGCAAAACAAAAACACAAACAAAACCUUUACAUAAACAGCACGACAGCACCAUAUGUGUAGGUUUAGCGGAAGAGCAAGCAAAACAAACAAACAAACAAAAAAAUCAAUCAGAUCAGUAGUCUGUUUAACGCCGUAGUAUUGGUAGCAUAAAAUUCCUCCGAAUGCUUAAAUAAUAUUUUGAUUUAUUUAUUAUUACUUUCCUAUUACUGGCUCAUCUGGUUCGAAAGAUAUGCCACGUCUCUUGUCAAAUAAGAGAACAAAGAAACCAGUCAAUAAACUUAGGCUUAACGAUAAUUUUAGUUCAUACAUAGUGUUAACAAGUGGAAGCGGGCGUUCGCGUACGAAGGAUAUGGAAUCCGUUUAAACCAUAAUACUAUAUAAGCUAAGACACGUUCGACGGCUUGCAGCUGGCAGCAGUUUUAUGAAAACCGUCCGUCCCAGUAUGGCUGGGAAAGCGGACCCGUAUAUGUUACGCCUAACGAUGAAAGCCUUUUUGGAACAGCAGCUAAUGCAAAAGCAAACAAAAGCGUUAAAACAGUACCCCGUUUUGAUGAUUGUGUUCAAGUUUGGUUUCUAAAAGGGGAGUUUCGCCACGAAACAAAGCAAACGUAUAACUAAACAAAAAAAAAAACAAAUAAUCAAACGAAAAGUUUGCCGGAGUAAAAUAAGAAAGUUUAGAUAAAACAAAACAAAUGCAAAUACACCAAAUAUCAAAAUUAAUCUGCAACAUUCCUUGAACUCUAGCUCUCACCAGUAGACAGCUGGCACGAAAAGAAAACAAAAGCAUACUUGAGCAUACAAGCAAACUAACGAAAAGAAAAGAACAAAAAAACAAAAAGGCUAAAUGAUAGCGUCGUUGUGUUACAUUUUACUUACCGGGCGUAUGAGGCGAAGAGAUUAGACACGUAGCAUGUAGUAGUACGAAAAUAAAUGAUUAAAUUUAAUAUGUGCCAGCGGUGUGAGUGUGUAUAUGUGUGUGUGUAUGAGCGCGCGUUUCACGAUCGUCCAGUGUAUGUGUGUAUGUGUAUGUGCGUGGAAAAGCUAAGCUUAGAACAGGAUGGUUAGAAAAGCAUCGUUUUCCUUUUUGGAGGCUUGACAUCGAGACGAGCAUUACAUUCUCUGCUGGUACAUUAACGCACUCGAAGCGCGCCAUUGGAAUGUUUGUUGCGCGAGAUCAGCAACGCCUAUACGAAUGGUGAAAAUGCAAAACAAAACAGAGGUACGAAAUAAAUGUGACGUGAAAAUAACUA